UCUCUGCGUCGGUCCAAACCCCGCCUUCCCCUCUCUCGCCGCCGCUCUCCUCGCUAGGUUUGAUCUCGGGUGGAACUAUGUUGCUUUAUCAGGAUUUGCUCACUGAUGAUGAGCUAUUGUCAGACUCAUUCUGUUACAAGGAAAUUGAAAAUGGGAUGUUGUGGGAAGUUGAAGGGAAGUGGGUGGUUAAAGGAGCUAUUGAUGUAGACAUUGGUGCAAACCCUUCUGCAGAAGGUGGAGAAGAUGAAGGGGUUGAUGAUUCUGCUAUUAAGGUGGUUGAUAUAGUCGACACGUUCAGGCUCCAGGAACAACCAGCUUUUGACAAGAAACAAUUUGUGACCUAUAUGAAACGUUAUAUCAAGUUAUUGACACCGAAACUUGAUGAAGAGAAGCAAGAACUGUUCAAAAAACAUAUCGAGGGAGCUACAAAGUUCUUACUUUCAAAGCUCAAAGACCUACAAUUUUUUGUGGGUGAAAGUAUGCACGAUGAUGGCAGCGUGGUGUUUGCAUAUUAUAAGGAUGGUGCGACUGAUCCGACAUUUUUAUACUUUGCCUAUGGAUUGAAGGAGGUCAAAUGCUGAAUGUCAUGCUGCAUGUACUUUGGAUGGUCAAGCUUUCUUAAAUAUUGUUUUGGAUAUGCUUUCAAGGAAUUCAGGAGUUAUUUUAGGUUUGGAGUCAAGAAAACAGAACAAGUAUUCAGUUUUGAUUUUUCAUGGGUUGUGCCACCACCAAUUAUUGAAUUAAUUAAGUUUCUACUC